AUGGGUUUCUGGCAAGGAUGGCAGUCUUGGGAGAAAAUGGUCUUUAUUCUUGCUUGUGCCAUGGUCGUCGUCAUCGUCAUAGGCCUUUCUAUGACAUGGUUUAGGAGGUGGAAGACUCACUUAUACCACCAGGCCUCAACAGAAGAGGCUCAGCGGAACACCACCAUAUGGCGGCAGCAAUUCAAGGUCGAUGAUGUUCCAUUUGGUGCUCGAGCACUCGAGACUGGCGCCCAGGUCGAAGGUGUGUAUGCCCUUGGGCAGCAAACACCCCGUCGCAAUGCACCGCUUUAUUACAACGCCGACUCCUCUAUAAUGAGCACGCCACCCACUCCAUCGCCUCCACGGGUUUCUCGAUCCAGCCAACAGAGUCGUUAUGGGUCUUACUCUCCUCUCUGA